AUGCCACCGUCUGAACCCCCAAGCCACAGCUCGACUCCUCGGUCAUUUACAAGCCAAACCGCUUCUGCGGAAGAUCUCCUCAAAUCACAAACCGUCGGUCUUGUUCAUCUUUCCGAUUUCCGCAAACGCCGCGCGGAAGUUCUAGAGCAGAAAGAGCGCGAGGCGCAUGACAAGUCCUUGGGUAGAUUUACCUCCGGUAAUUCAAGAAGCGCGACUCCUUCAGCGGGCGAUGUAACUGACGGGAAUUCAACAUCACGAAGCGAGGGGCCUCCCAAGAAGAAGAAAAAGAAACAACUUGCAAAGAGCAAACUAUCGUUUGGAAAUGAAGACGAAGAGGGGGACGAUGAGGAAGUAUUUCACAAAUCAAAGCCGAAGGCUGCGGGAGUUUCGACGCCGGCCGAAUUAACUGCCUCGCGCUCUGACACCAAUACGCCCUUUGAUGAGAGCUCUGUACCGUCAUCUCGUCGCAUUACACCAAAUCCUAAUGCUCCUCCUCCUCCGAAGGCGCUCACGAAGGCCUCGCUGAAAGCCGAGGCAGAGGCUCGAGAUGCCUUGCGCAAAGAAUUUCUGGCGAUGCAAGAUUCCGUUAAGAAUACCGAGAUUUUGGUCCCUUUUGUCUUUUACGAUGGAACAAAUAUACCCGCGGGAACAGCUAAAGUUAAGAAGGGGGACCAAGUCUGGUUGCUUUUGGAUCGGUGUCGAAAAGUUGGUGCUGAACUGGGCGUCAGUGGUACCAGCGGCGCAUCAAAAGGUCGAAAGUACAAUCGCCGUGAGUGGGCAAGAAUAAGUGUGGAUGACUUGAUGCUCGUAAAAGGAGAAGUCAUUAUUCCACAUCACUACGAACUAUACUAUUUCAUUGCCAACAGUGUUCCCAGUUUUUCCAACACCGGGGGCCUACUUUUCGAUUAUUCUAACAAACCUCCACCCCCACCCCCAACCGAUGAUCCUUUGUACCGGCCGAGUAACGACGAGCUCGAGGGAGGCGAGAGAGAUCCCACGCUAACGAAGGUAGUCGAUAGACGGUGGUACGAGCGAAACAAACACAUCUUUCCGGCAAGUCUAUGGCGGGAGUACGAACCGGGUGCGGAGUUUGAGGAGAAGAUGCGUACGACGAGACGUGAUGCUUCGGGAAAUACCUUUUUCUUCUGA